GGCACUUGUCACGCGUAUUCGGAUCUUGUCUACCUAGGGUCGAAUACGCCUUUCACUGUCGCCGAAAUGCUAUCCCAAGUACCGACAUAUGCGUUUGCUGGAACACUUCUCUGCAGCUACUUCAGCGUCGUCUUUUCACAGCAACAUUCGUUUCAAGCACCUCCAUUGACCUUCUCCGAUUCAGAAUCUUAUCAGUUUCAACGGCCAAUUCACAGAGUAGCUAUCAUUGGUGCAGGCGUGGGAGGGCUUAUCAGUUACAGGGAGUUUCUUCGUGCUGGCUACGAAGUGACUUUGUACGAACGAGACGAGCAGCCUGGCGGUGUAUGGCAUUACACAGAAGAGGUCCCUCUGAAUGCCCCUGUUCCUAAUGCUAUACCAGCCUCAGCAGAUUACACUCCAUGUCUACCACCACAUGGAGUCAAACUUCCCUACGAAGUGGAAUCUGUCGACCAAGAUCCGCAGACUCUCUCCGAACAAAGAAGAGCCCAUAGAGCGCCAAAGCCCGUAUGGUCAUUACUCAAGUCCAAUGCACCGGCGCCCGACCAGCAGAUACGUGACUGGAAAUGGCCAGAAGAUACACCAUGGGAACUCCCUCAAGAAAUGAUUCAGCGUUAUGUACGCUCGUUUGCGUCAUUGCACGGAAUCAACGCCAAUGAUGAAAACCCCAACGUGUUCUAUAAUACCCGCGUAGAACUUGUCGAGAAGAAUUAUAUUAACGACACGGAAGCCGGAUGGAGUCUCACUCUGAAGCAAUUUGUGAAGACCGGAGAAAAGUCCACUAAAGCUCGUUGGUGGAAAGAGAACUUCGAUGCUGUGGUCAUAGCAACGGGAAGAUACAAUUCACCUAGCGUUCCUUCUAUCUCUGGCCUCUCAGAAUGGGUAGCCAGAUAUCCAGACAAUAUAUCUCAUUCGCGCCAAUAUCGUCGACCCGAUUUGUAUCAAAACAAGUCGGUUCUUGUGGUUGGUGCAGCUGCCAGCGGCGCUGAGAUCGGGAUAGAACUCAGCCCGUUCGUUUCCAAGCUCUAUGUCUCGACAAGGCCCGAUAAAGCCACCGCUCCUCAUUAUCCUCUCAGCUUCUACGUUCCAAAGUUGCCUAAGAACACGACCAUGAUAGGCGAAAUCAAGCGGUUUCAUCCCGCUAAUCGCGAAAGCAAAACAAUGAACCAAGAGAAGAUUGAACUUGCCAACGGAACUAUCAUCACAGGAGUGGAUCACAUCAUCUUCAGCACUGGUUUCAGAUAUACCUACCCGUUCUUACCACAAUACCUGGACCCUACCCUAGGACCUAACGAUACUGCUCGAGAUGGUGUACCUCAACCUCUAGUGACCGAUGGGACUCACGUUCGGUCCCUCUAUCUUGAUACCUUCUAUAUCGAGGAACCCACAAUCGGGUUCAUAAACAUCAAUGCCGGUAUGCAGUCCUUCGUGUAUGGGGAAUACCUAGCUGUUGCGCUUGCGUCAGUCUGGAAGGAUAGGGCGAAGCUACCGACAACGAAAGAAAUGUGGAAGAGGUACCACAAGCACGUCAAUGAAAAGGGUGGCUACGGGAAACACUUUCAAUUCCUUGGCUCACAGGUUGCGCAUGAUAUGAUACGAUACUUCGUUGGAUGGGUGAAUGAGGCGGCAAUCAAGUACGGAGGUAGACAGAUCGACGGGCCUUCUGCGGCGAAUAAUGAGAUUCUUGCAAUUUGGUCGCUUGCACGCUUUGGAACUAGUGAGUUCAACGACGUAACGCCAAUCGGGGGACUUUUGCCACUAGCAAACCCAUCUUGGGAUGACUCAACAACAAAACUCUCAUGGUCGGAAAUGAAAAGGCAGGCGCUGAACAAUAUGUAUCGUGACUACUGGUAAAGGACUGUGCCAUAAAAUGGGCACACUAUAUGUUUAUACUUAGAAGAAAGAGGGGAUAUCGAUGACACUAAACACCAUCUUCCAUCGUGAUCAUCCCCCAAUACGAUCAGAUGUUCCUGGC